CAAGGGGGUUCCACAGCGCAUGUUUGUGCCUGUGUGAUGUAGCCUACACAUUGAUUUAAUCGUAAGCGUAUUUACAUGUUUGAGUUAAGGGUAAGCGUUCUAUGGAUUACGCGGUAAAAUUUUUGCAAGCGACCUUUAUCGAAAGAGAUCUAGAUUUCAGCACGGGCACUGUCCGAAACUGAUUCUGCCACGUCGCGUUGAAUCGAUGAUGCUCAGUUCGUGGUGCUGAAAUCCUUUGCGCUUUCGGUCUUUUCCUUUCCUGUCUGUCCCUCCCUCCCUCCAUCCAUCCAUCUCUCCUCUCUCCCUCCCUUGGUUCUCUCUCAUACGCACAAAACCCUCUGUCAUGGCGUCUUCCAACAAUGUUACCCCCACCAACUGUAGCUGGUGGCCCAUCUCAGCCAUGGAUGAAGACGGCGAAAUUACAGACGGGGAGAAAAGCGAAGAGCCAGCUAUAGAGUCGAAACCUAAUUUCUCUAAAGACAAGCUUGUUUUGUAUCACUGGACGCAGUCUUUCAUCUCUCAAAAGGUGCGCCUGGUGAUCAAUGAGAAGGGUCUGCUGUGUGAAGAGAGGGACGUGAGUCUCCCUAUAGCUGAGCACAAGGAGCCCUGGUUCAUGAGGCUCAACCUGGGGGAGGAGGUGCCUGUCUUCAUCCACGGAGACACCAUCGUCUCAGACUACAACCAGAUCAUAGAGUACCUAGAGGCUAACUUUGGGGGAGAAACGGUGGCCCAGUUGAUUCCCGAUGCUGGCUCUCCUCUCUACGAGCGUGUGCAGCAGUACCGUGAGUUGCUGGACGGCCUGCCCAUGGACGCUUACACACACGGCUGUAUCCUGCACCCAGAGCUCACCACCGACUCCAUGAUCCCAAAGUACGCCACCGCUGAAAUACGUAGACACUUAGCCAACGCUGCGUCUGAGCUGAUGAAGCUGGACCACGAGGAACCCACGCUGACAGAGCCAUACCUCUCCAAGCAGAAAAAACUCAUGGCAAAAAUAUUGGACCACGACAAUGUGACCUACCUAAAGAAGAUCCUUGGCGAGUUGGCCAUGGUACUAGAUCAGGUGGAGGCCGAGUUGGAAAAGAGGAAAAUCGAGUAUGAAGGUCAAAAGUGUGAGUUGUGGCUAUGUGGACCUGAAUUUACACUAGCUGAUGUCUGCCUGGGAGCCUUGUUGCACAGGCUUAAGUUCUUGGGACUCUCAAAGAAAUACUGGGAGGACGGCAGCCGACCCAACCUCCAGUCCUUUUUCGAGCGGGUGCAAAAACGCUACGCUUUCCGCAAGGUUCUGGGCGACAUCCACACAACCCUCCUGUCAGCAGUUCUUCCCAAUGCAUUUCGAAUGGUAAAAAAGAAGCCGCCAUCUUUCUUCGGGGCCUCUUUCCUCAUGGGCUCUCUGGGAGGGAUGGGGUACUUUGCCUAUUGGUUUUUAAAAAAGAAAUACGUGUAGUGAACGCCCCCCUCCUUGUCUUAAAUGUCUGUGUAUUUGUGUGAUGUUUCAAUUUUUCUGUAAUGUUUUACGACAGCAGGAAAAUAUGAAUCUAUAUAGGGAACACUAUUACAAAGAAUAUAAGAACAUUCCAUACACAAAGGAAUUCUUAACAGCACAUUUUUCUGGUAUUCCAAUGCCUUCAUCUAUCAACCUACAGUAUUACUUUCUAAUUAGCUCAUUUUGGAGGCAUGCAUUAUCCAGUUAUAUUAAUUAAGGGAACAAACUUAUUUGUGUUUUUAAUGAUCAUUAUGGUCAUAUUGCCUACACACCAGACAAUGUUUUGACAUUGCAUCGCCAUACCCAAAGUGGGGCUGAUCCAUACCCUGCAUGUCACUAUAGUUUUAUUAAGUUGUUUUGGCAUUCACCUAUUGCCCUUCACGCCUCUGUUGGCCAUUGGUUUAUUUUAUGAAAUCCUUGUGAUACUUCCUGUGCUGCCAGAUGAGAAGAUAGGAUAGCGAGACGUCCAGUCGGUCCCAAUUCAUUCCCUUUCCUUUUUCCCUUGACCAGAACUCUUGUUUGCGGAUCUGUGAGGUCCUCCACUGUUUCUACCAAUCCAGACCCUUCAGAUAUGCAAACAUCGAAGGGAUCUGGCCAAAGGAAAGGGGUAAGGAGUGAAUUGGGACUGUAUACAGACACUCCCUUGAAAGCACUAUGAAAGCAUAUGCACUCCAUCAAUUCAUCAAAAUGUGAUUGUCAUUUCACACACCUCAGCACCACUGUCUUGAGCUGAUCAUAAAGUGAUCUCUGACUUUCAAGUCAGAAAGGAUGGGUAUGACAGAGAAAUACUAAAAGGGUCAAUUGAGCCCUCCGCAAUAUUGAGCGAGGAAUCAGUCAGUGGCUUUUGACAGUGUCCCUAUAGAGUGACUAUGAAAUUAUACAUUGUUCAGUUAAAAAGUCACAUAAAUAGCUGACAUGGUUGUUGGCUUGAUUCCAGGAACAUUGAGCUCCACCAGUUUUAGUUCAAUAAUCCAAGCUUUUUGGGGGGGGUUUGUUCCAAGACUAGUAUGACUAGCCAUUCAAACUAAAUCCUUACAAUCUAAACCUCUUAGAAAACUGUGACUAGGGUUGCAGAAUUCCGGGAACUUUCAACACAUUCCCUGGUUUUUCCAGAAAAUUCCAGUUGGAGGAUUCCCGGAAUUAGGAGAGAAUAAACAGGAAAUCCGGAAUCCUCCAACUAGGAUUUCUGGAAAACCAGGGAAUUUAUUGAAAGUUCCUGGAAUUUUGCAAACCUAACUGUGACCCAAAUUCUCUGGAGUCUUACUGACCUAUACAAUGUUCCCCUCUGUUCAGGAGUGCUAGCAUGUACAAAGCUGACCGUGGAACGUUAAUAGGGUUUACAUUGUAUAACUACAAUGAUUUAUUGCCAUUUAAAUAAGGUCUGGGUAAAAACAUGAAUCAACAUACAGUAACUUGACGCUCAAUGCAUAACUACAAGACAACAUACAAGACAGGAAGUUCUGGUUUCCCACUGAAAUAGAAGCUCUUUCUCAAUAGUCUUUCCUCAUGUCCUCCUCCCAUCCUUUUCAAAAUGGCAGAGGGAAGCGAGGUGACAGGAGAGCAUUAAAGGAGAAGAUAAGAGGAACCUUGGAUCUUCAGCUCCAUCUCAUUGUGAAGUCAUGGGCAGCACAGACUUUGACAAAGAACAUUUUUCUUCAGUGUGGUUUCAGGAAAAGGAAAGAUUUUUGAGUGAACAGAGUAACCGUGCGUAUGGUUGUUAACAGACUGCAUAGCUGAUUACUGCUGGGAUGGGGCUGUGGAGGAUUCUUAACCAAAAAAGACAAUGAUCAAUGUUUCAUUAACAGCGUGUCAGCUGUGUGGGACAUCUAUAUUUGAGUCCUAAAUGGCACCCUAUUCCCUAUGUAGCGCACUACUUUUGAUGAGGGACCAUAGGGCUUUGGUCUAAAGUAGUGCACAAUGUAGGUAAUAAGGUGUCAUUUUGGAUUCACAAAAAGGUUUCAGUUUGAAUACUUGUCAAGACACACCUGGGACCGGUUUCUGGACACAUAUUAAACCUAGUCCUGGACUAAGAAGCAUGCUCCAUGGAGAAUCUCCAUUGACAUUACUUUUUAGUCCAGGACUAGGAUUAAUCUUUGUCUGGGAAACCGGUCCUACAAGUUUGUCUGAAAACAGGAAGUUGAGAAGUCACAGUUAAUCUCAUCACCUUGUGUUGGUGAGAAGAAAAUAUUCACAACAGAAGAACUGUAAAAACCAACCGUUUGGAGUUGGCUUCAUGUUGAGCUUUCAAAUCAAAUCAAAUCAAGAUCUAUGUAAUGGAAAGAACAUUUGACUCCAGUAGUCGCCUGUGUAAGAACAAUAACAUAAAAUGGCACAGGUUUGAACAUCUUAAGUUUGAGCUUUUUCUUUAGUUGGAAGUAAGCAAGUUAACACAUUUUACAUUUAGCAUAGUACUCAACUAAUACACUGGCUUUCAUUAUUAGCCAUACAGUAAUUCAACUCAAGUGUGUCUACAAUCCACUUUAUUUUGUGUUUUUUUUCCUGGGACUUUCACUGAUACAUAAACUGUAACACUGUCUGGGUGUAAUGUCAGAGACCAAUUGAGAAAUCACAUUUCCAUAACCAGCCUAUCAUUGUAAGUGUUUGUCUAGGUUUCAUUAUAACAAGCACCAUUGUUACCAAUAAUUCACUGCCUCUUAAAACUGAGUCCCUGCAAAUUAGGUAUUUAUUCCAUAUGGCUCACAGAAAUCUCAAGACAAGGAAUUCAACAAGUUGAGUAAUCCUAGUAGUUAUUUGUGGCCAUUAUAUUUCACAAUAGUAUUUUUUAUUUUUAUAUUUAUAAAUAUGCAUUUAUUUAGUGCUUUUUAUGAUGUUUGUUCAUAAGCCUUAAUUCAUUCAGUUGCCAUCAAUGAAAAAUAAAUUAUGAAAAUGAAAAAUGUAA